UGAAUGAUGAAAAGCAACAGGAAAAUUGAGCCAUUUUGAAUGAUUGAAAGUGCAAUUUCAUCAUCUUGAAUUGAAAACAAAUAAAGAGCAUCUCUUUGAUUAAAGUUAAAGGGUAGUUUUGUCAUAUGAAGAAAUAAAGAAACAAAGAAAGAGAGAGCAAUCAUCUUUACUUUCUUUUCCUUCCCCCAAAUCUCUACUUUAAAUUUCUGUUAUCCAAGCGAUAAUUUUAAUAAAUCCCUCCUCGUUCUUCUCUCCGUGCUCUGCUCAGACCUUCAAAUCUUCCUUUUCCCUUCUUCUUCUUCUUCUUGGUUUAGAGGAAAAAAGGAAAAAAGAUAGGAAAGGAAAAGCAAAGAACAGAGAGAAAAGGAGAGGCGCACCAUUCUUGCUUGUAUAUUACUCCUCCUUCUCGCAAGAUGUUUGAUUCCUUAAGCACAUACAAACUUAAAUUUUCCAUCAGAUUCUCUUCACUUUCUCUUACUUUCCCGGAAAAUCUAUGUUUUUUGGAACACUUAAAUCCUCUUGUCUUUGCUUCAAGGCCUUCCAAAUUCCACCCCCUUGAGAAACAUUUUCCUGAGAAAAAUAUGGUCCCUCUGCUGGUUUUGACACUAGUCUCAAUUCUAAUAACACCUUCUUCCUCUACUUCUCUUGUUUCUGAUUUUCAUGCUUUGGUUAGCCUCAGAAAUGGAUUUCAGUUCCUGGAACCAAUGUUGAGCACAUGGAAUGUUUCGAAUCCGAGCUCGGUUUGUUCUUGGACCGGAGUUCAGUGUUUCCGGAGAAGGGUUGUUUCUUUAGACUUGACAGACAUGGAUCUGGAUGGAUCUGUUUCGCCAGAAAUUUCAAAACUUGACAGGCUCACCAACCUCUCUCUGGCUGGAAACAACUUCACUGGUGGCAUUGAGAUAGUGAACCUGAGCGAGCUCCGAUUUCUCAACAUUUCAAACAAUGGCUUCGGCGGGAACCUGGAAUGGAACUACUCGGGCAUGGGGAAUCUGGAAGUGUUGGAUGUUUAUAACAACAACUUCUCUGGGUUCUUACCGGCGGGGGUUGUGGAAUUGAAGAAACUCCGGCACUUGGAUCUCGGCGGGAAUUAUUUUGUCGGUGAAAUCCCAACGAGCUACGGCCGGAUACUGGGGUUGGAGUAUCUUCAGCUGGCGGGAAAUAAUCUUGAAGGGAAAAUCCCAGGUGACCUGGGGAAUCUCACUAAUCUCAGAGAACUUUACCUUGGGUACUCCAAUGCCUUCGAAGGUGGGAUUCCACGGGAGUUUGGUAAUCUGGUGAAUUUAGUCAUCCUGGAUCUUUCCACCUGUGAAUUGGACGGUCAAAUUCCACCGGAGCUUGGAAAUUUGAAGUCCCUAGACACUCUGUACCUGCAAAUCAAUCUGCUCUCCGGUCCUAUUCCAAAGGAGUUGGGCAACUUGACCAGUUUGGUGAACCUUGACCUGUCGUACAAUGUACUCACCGGAGAAAUCCCGCCGGAGUUCGUGAACCUGAAGAAGCUCAGGCUUCUCAAUCUCUUCAUCAACAGGCUACACGGGUCUAUUCCGGACUAUGUUUCAGAGUUCCCUGAUUUGGAAGCACUAUCCCUGUGGCGCAACAACUUCACAGGCGUCAUACCGGAGAAUCUUGGCCAGAAUGGGAAGCUUCAGUUGCUUGAUUUGUCUUCCAACAAGCUCACCGGAAUAAUCCCUCGAAACUUGUGUUCUUCCAAUCAGUUAAAGAUUCUGGUCCUGAUGAAGAAUUUUCUGUUCGGCUCUGUUCCAGAGGACUUGGGGAGAUGCUAUAGUCUCGUCAAGGUGCGGCUGGGGGAUAAUUACUUGAACGGAAGCAUUCCGGAGGGGUUCAUUUACUUGCCAGAGCUGAAUUUAGCAGAGUUUCAGAACAAUUACCUGACCGGAGCAUUGCCAGAAAACGGUAAUAGUUCAUCAAAACCUGUUAAUUUAGGACAGCUGAAUCUUUCAAACAAUCUUCUCUCCGGUCCAUUGCCAGUUUCAAUUUCAAACAUUUCUUCCAUUGAAUAUCUUCUACUUAGUGGAAAUCAAUUUUCGGGUCCCAUUCCUCCUACUAUUGGAGAACUCCGGCAAGUAAUCAAGCUUGAUCUUAGCGGAAACUCACUCUCCGGUUCUAUUCCACUGGAAAUUGGAAACUGUGUCCAUCUUACCUCUCUCGACUUGAGUCAGAACAAUCUUUCCGGUUCAAUCCCACCUGCUGUUUCCAGUAUCCAUAUCCUUAGUUACUUGAACGUAUCACGAAACCACUUGAACCAAACCAUACCCAAAUCCAUAGGAUUCAUGAAGAGUCUCACCAUUGCCGAUUUCUCCUUCAAUGAUUUCUCGGGGAAGCUACCGGAAUCAGGCCAGUUUGCUGUCUUCAACGCCUCAUCCUUCGCGGGGAACCCCCAACUCUGCGGUCCUCUGCUUAGCAACCCCUGUAAUUUCACCACAAUCACCAACCCCCAUGGAAAGACACAAGGAUACUUCAAGCUUCUAUUUGUAUUAGGCCUAUUGAUGUGCUCAUUAAUAUUCGCCAUUGCAGCCAUAGUCAAGGCCAAGUCAUUCAAGAAAACAGGGCAGGAUUCGUGGAAGAUGACCUCAUUCCAAAAACUCGGAUUCACAGUCUCUGACGUCCUUGAAUAAUAUGCUUAUACAUUGAAGGUAAAUGAGAAGAGUGAUGUAUAUAGCUUUGGAGUAGUUCUUUUAGAACUAAUCACUGGAAGAAGGCCCAUUGGUGAUUUUGGUGAAGGUGUUGAUAUUGUUCAAUGGAUCAAGCAAAUUACAAAUUGUUGUCGAGAAGAGGUUACUCUCAUAAUUGAUCCAAGGUUGACAGUUGUGCCUAAAGAGGAAGCGAUGCACUUAUUCUUCAUUGCAAUGCUAUGUAUCCAAGGAAAUAGCGUUGAACGUCCUACAAUGAGAGAGGUGGUUCAAAUGUUAUCUGAAUUUCCUCGACACUCACCAGACAACCAAUCUUCUUCUUCCUCAAUAGUCCAUCUUCAAUCAAAAAAUUUAGAAAAACAAAGGUUACCUUAAAAAUAAACAAGAUAUAUAUAUAUAUAUAUAUAUUUUUUUUUCUUGGAGUUGUUUUUUUUCCCUUCUCUUUAGAGAGUUUUGAAUGGUGUUCGUUUUCGCCUGCCUAUGUGCAUGCAAAUAUAGCUUUUUUUUCUCCAAAUAAUUUUUUAAGGAAAUUUAGGGCAGAAGAUUUGGUAGCCAAAUAGAGAUAGGAAUAAAUUGUGAGGUGCAUUGCCUUUUGAGAGAAAAAUGUGCCCUUAGGUUGAGAGCUUAAUUGCAACCUCAAUGAGGUGAUGCAUACAUACUCCUUGUAUCAUAUAUAUCCUACUAUAUACAUGUCAUAUUAUAUUUGUUUUUUUUUUUUUUUUACUUUUCAUGUUUUCCUCUAAUGUAUUUGAAGGAGAUUUUACACAUAUAAAGACAUAACCUUUAA